AAUGGCGCCCGAAAACUAAAGCUUCGUUUGUAUUUGGUUGGCAAUGGCAAGACGGUGUCUGUUGUAACGUUAGGAGAGAUUAGCUAGUCUAAAUUGUGGUACGUUGUUGCAGAGUCAGGGAACUAUUUGCCUAGAAUUACAUUCCCUUCGCCUGUAUUAUGUUUAAACGUUCUCUUGGAUGCAGGCACCCUACCCAGCAUCCAGACUCAGAACAAUAGAGAUGGUAGAGCCAGCAACACACAAGUUUGCCUCUCUAAAAGAAGAGCUGGAUUUCUGGAAGGAGCAGGCAGAGAGGCAUCAGCAAAGUUUUGUCACCAGGGCUGACGAAGCUCAGGAGGAGCUGCAGGAGUUUCAGCAGAUGAGCCGGGAUUAUGAGGCAGAACUGGAAACUGAGCUGAAGCAGUGUGAGGGCCGAAACAAAGAGCUUCUACUAAACAACAACCGACUUCGCUUGGAACUAGAAAGCAUAAAGGAGAAAUUCGAGGCCCAGCAUUCUGAUGCUUUCAGGCACAUCUCAGCCCUGGAGGAAGAACUGGCACAGACCAAAGCAGUUAGAGAUCACCUGCAAAAGUACAUCAGAGAGCUUGAGCAAUCCAAUGAUGACCUGGAGAGGACCAAAAGGGCUACCAUCAUGUCCCUGGAGGACUUUGAGCAGCGGAUGAAUCAAGUCAUUGAGAGGAAUGCCUUUCUUGAAAGUGAGCUGGAUGAGAAGGAGAACCUACUCGAGUCUGUUCAGAGGCUCAAGGAUGAAGCCAGAGAUCUUCGUCAGGAGCUGGCUGUACGUCAGAAGGAAAGACGUCCGUCCAGCAGUCUGGGCAAAGACGCAGAUCGACCGGAUCUGCCAUGCCCCUCAACUGGCAACCCAUGCAUCCCCGGCACACCCUCCAGACCUCUCAGCUCAUUUGUCACGCCCCCUGCUUCCAGCAUCCGAAGAGGUGAUGGUCUAAUGGGGACUCCCCUCACUACAUCUGCAAGAAUAUCUGCACUCAACAUCGUAGGAGAGCUGCUGAGAAAAGUUGGAAAUCUGGAGUCCAAGUUGGCAUCUUGUCGAGACUUUGUGUACGACACAUCUAUCAGCAGACCGGCACUUCCAGCUGGUCGUAGUAGUCUGUCUGGUUUAGAAACAGGCCCCGAGGUCCAAGCGACCAGCAUGAGUCCUCCACCUCAGUACGACAGUUUAGUGAAGCGGUUAGAGUUUGGACCAGCUCCUCCGAGAGGGGUCUCCCAGGGUGCCCAGUCCCCACAGGGAGGGGUCAAGAUCCUGCUAUGAGACAGAAGACAAGCCACCUCCUUCCUUCAAUAACUUCACCCAGACCUCCUCUUGUAUAAACUUACAGCAGUGGAACGUUGACCCAGGCCAUCGUCCUGUGUUUCCAUGUGCCCUGCUGAAGUGUUGGAACAAAAAAUCGUCUGUCCUUGCUUUGUGCCCCACAUAUCACACCAUGUCUAUGACAGGAAGCAGCACUACAGCUUACUGUAUGUAAAAUCAAGGAAUGCAGAACCUAUUGCUCGCACCAUAUCUUCUGCUGUAUCUGAUGCUGCAGUCUACUGAUUUGCUUUCUGUGAUAGAUCAAGCACAACAGAGCUGUUGAAACAUUACAUGCUCCCAGAAAACACAUGUAGGACAGUUGUUGCACUUAGGAAUGAAUCCACUGAAGUAGCUAAAUAUAUUAACAGCCACUGGAUAUGACCUUGGUAUAGGACCAAGAACAUAGAGGGUCAUUUAUAAAACAAAUGAGUUUAUGACCUAAACCUCUAAACCAAAGCUGUGAGGAAUGAGAGGUAGACUGAACAUAGAGGUCAUGGGUUAAGUUUUCUUUGUAUAUCAGAUAUAACACGGGAACAUUGUCCUAUCAAUAACGGCAUCAAUUGUUAUAGGUCACAAAGAGCCUGGUGUGGAGCAGUUUAAGGAGGUUCACUUGGUUCUUUACCUUUAG